AUGUUACCAGAUCCUGUGAAAAUCUCUGCAAAUAAGACUCCACAGGUCCGCCUGGUGAAUGGUGGCAGUCGCUGUGCAGGCAGAGUGGAGAUCCUUUACCAGUAUACCUGGGGCACUGUCUGUGGAGAUGGCUGGGACCUGAAUGAUGCCCACGUGGUGUGCAGACAAAUGGGCUGUGGAAUGGCCCUCGAUGCCAUAAACUAUUCACAAUUUGGGAAGGGAUUAGGACCCAUCUGGCUGGACGAACUGAAGUGCACAGGAGAGGAGGACCAAGUGUGGCAGUGCCCUUCUCUAGGCUGGGGACAUCACUACUGUACACAUGAGUGGGAUGCAGGUGUCAUCUGCUCAGGAUUUGUGCGUUUGGAUGGAGGAGGUGGACCCUGCUCUGGGCGAGUGGAAGUGAAUUCUGGAGGAGGAUGGAUUCCAGUACCUUAUGGGAAUUUCACAUUACCCACUGCCCAGGUCAUCUGUGCAGAGCUGGGGUGUGGCAAGGCAGCAUCUUUUCUCUUGGACCUGCCCCUCAGAGAGGCCAGUGAACAGGUCUGGGCUGAAGAGUUCCAGUGUAAGGGAUGGGAACCUGAGCUCUGGUUCUGCCCCAGACUGCCCUGUCCUGCAGGCAGCUGCCAACACAGAGGGGCUGUGCAAGUUCUCUGCUCAGAGUACACAGAAGUCAGGCUCAUGAAAAAUGGCAGCUCUCAGUGUGAGGGUCAAGUGGAGAUGAAGACCUCUGGAGGCUGGAGAACACUCUGUGCCUCCCACUGGAAUAUGGCCAAUGCCAAUGUUGUUUGCCAUCAGCUGGGCUGUGGAGUCGCCAUCUCCACCCCAAAGGGAGCAUACUUUGUGGAAGGAGGAGAUGAGAUCUGGAGAGACCGAUUCCACUGCUCAGGGUCUGAGUCCUUCCUGUGGAAUUGCCCUGUGACUGCCCUGGGUGUUCCUGCCUGUGCCCAUGGAAACACAGCCUCUGUGGUCUGCUCAGGUAGCCAGAUCCAGCUGCUGACCCAGUGCAAUAACUCCUGGUCUGACCCAGCAGGCUCUGUAGACACAGAAGGGCACACUCUCAACUGCUCAGACAGCAGACAGCUCCGCCUGGUGGAUGGGGGCAGUCACUGCGCAGGGAGAGUGGAGAUCCUACAGCAGGGCUCCUGGGGCUCCAUCUGUGAUGACAGCUGGGACCUGAGUGAUGCCCAUGUGGUGUGCAGACAGCUGGGCUGUGAAGUGGCCCUGGAGGCCACCAUCUCUGCUCACUUUGGAGAGGGAUCAGGGCCCAUCUGGCUGGAUGAGCUGAAUUGUACAGGAGAGGAGACUCAUGUGUGGCAGUGCCCUUCCCAGGGCUGGGGGCAGCACAACUGCAGACAUAAGGAAGAUGCUGGGGUCAUCUGCUCAGAGUUCCUGGCCCUCAGGUUGGUGAGCGAGGACCAGGAGUGUGCUGGGUGGCUGGAGGUUUUCUACAACAACACCUGGGGCAGUGUCUGCCACAGCCCCAUGGAAGCUGUGACCUUGUCCGUGAUCUGCAGACAGCUUGGCUGUGGGGACAGUGGGACUCUCAACUCUUCUGUUCCUCUCAGAGAAGGUUCUAGGCCUCGUUGGGUGGAUGGAAUCCAGUGUAGGAAAAUGGACACCUCUCUCUGGCAGUGUCCUUCUGACCCCUGGAAACAGAGAUCUUGCUCUGCAAAGGAGGAAGCUUAUAUCAUGUGCUCAGGAAACAGACCCAAGAGCUGUCCAGCCACUGCGCCCUGCACAGACAAAGAGAAGCUCCGACUCAGGGGAGGAGACAGCGAGUGCUCAGGGCGAGUGGAGGUUUGGCAUGAAGGCACCUGGGGCACUGUGUGUGAUGACUCCUGGAGCCUGGCAGAGGCUGAGGUGGUGUGUCAGCAGCUGGGCUGUGGCUCUGCCCUGGAAGCCCCAGGGGAGGCUGCAUUUGGCCCUGGAAAUGGAAGCAUCUGGCUGGACGAGGUGCAGUGCAGGGGCAGGGAGCCCUCCCUGUGGGCCUGUGCUGCAGCACCCUGGGGACAGAGUGACUGCAAGCAUGAGGAAGACGCUGGUGUGAGGUGCUCUGGUGAAAGGACAACAACUCGUCCCACCCGAAGAAGUAAGUGGUUCUUUUGCUGUGACCCAGAACCUCAAGGACAGCAUGCAGUUGCCACAAGCAGUGGUUAUGAUGAAGUUGAAGAGGUACCUGUUCCUGAAGUUCCUUCUUCCUUUGGAAUGAAAGACAAGAACUUUUUCCCAGAAGAUGAAGGUGGUGCUAGGGGUUCUCAGACAGCGUAA